AUGCAGAUCCCCGAGGAUCUACAGCCCCGAGUGUUGCUGGUCCACCCGGCUGCGCUCGCCAAGCAUCUGCAAACCAUAUUGCUGAGCGACCCUUCGCAGGAAAAUCUCAGCUCUAUCAACUCGUAUAUUCUGCAUCAGGUCUACACGGAAGCGGUCUCUUCUUUCGUCUACCAAGUCUGGCUAUUCAUAGCCUAUCGACAUUCGCCCCACCUUCUCUUCGGCGCACUUUGCGAUCAGAAAUCCGCUGGAGUCCGCCGAGCAGGCAGCAAGGUUCUACGACACAUCUUCCGUAAAAAAUCAUGGAAAACGCGCGGAUGGGACCCUCUUGGUGGAGCGCAGGGAAUCAAGACCCUUCUUGACGGACUUCCACAGGCUCAAGUGCGGUGGUUCGUCAAAGCCAUAUCCCCAGGUCCAGGCGGGGAAUUGUUCGCGAUAUGUAUUGAUGACCUCGUGGCCAACAUCGAUUCGUCUGACACUUGGACCACAAGAUCCUUGUCAACUUAUAUGGCCCCUUUGUAUGCAUGCUGUACUUCAAAGAGAGUGACCGAGAUUCUGAGAUCCAGUAUCCUUUGUUCCGGGCCCUUCUACCGUGAACUCGGUCGACGCCAUUCGCAACUCCUACGACAGAUCGCAAACGGUACGGUGGAGGUACCACCGAAGGUGCGGCGCCGUAUCCUGGACACUUGUGUAAACGCAUUAUUGCAGUCGAAUGAAGCAUACGUUCCAAUUCAUGCCACAGAUAUUCCGCCAGAUAUUCCUCCGGGCCUAAAAUUUGGCCUGGACCUGCUAUCGCACAUCAGAGCCGACGAGCCUGACCUAUGGACAAACCAGAUCCUAAUCCGACGAUGGACCGAGUUGGUUGUGCGCCUUGCCAUUCGCCGCAACCUGCCAUUUGAUUCCAUCCUACCCAUCAUUAGUUCCAGCUUGGAAAUGUGUCGAGUUGCAGAUUCUUCGGAUUGGUUGUCCCAGUACCUCCCAGUAGAGGUCAUUCGAUGCUGGUCGCUAGCACGGUUUGGCGCCUCUGGACAUCAAGGACCCUUUUACCCGACCAUGAGAAGGCUCCGAGCAUCGUCUCCUUCCAGACCUAGCGCCGUGAACCAAGCUGCGUUAGAAUAUUGUCUUAUACAACAGGUGUUGAAAAGCAGAGACGAGCGGCUCUCAGUGCAGCGGACGCAGGCAACAUUUACACGAGAGUUAUGCAAACUGCUCUCAUAUGUGCACAUUGAUGGAAAGCUCGAGUUUCUCCAACUUCUUUGCAGGCAUUCACCUACUCUGAACUUUGAUCUUACUGUCUGGCCUCCGUCGGAAGAAGAAAGAAAGCUCAUCCCGGUUUGGGAGUAUGAUGUUCUGCGCGGGUUGCCUGUAUCUAGCUCUAAGGCCCUCUUCCGACGAAUACUCCAGAGUCAUCACUGCGACACAUAUUUACCGAGUGAUCUAGUGGAGCGAAACUCGUGGAAACUGUUUUGGGAAAAUCAAUGCUCCCUUUGGGCAAAGUGGGAGGGUUCGACUGCGAAAACAAGCGAUGACUUUCCUGUUACUCUCAAAGCCCUCGCCGAGAUGAAAAAGCGAGCAACGCGUGACCGAGAGAGUAGUGAGCGGUUAAAAUGGGCAAGAUCGGCCAUAAAGCUUGCCUCUGAAACAAAGUCUGUGAGUAUCUUCUGCGACUUGGUGAAAUGGAGUCAGCGAUUCCUCCGAGAUCAGAAAACGUUUCCCAGUAUAUUGGCUCUUAUUUACUUUGAGGCCAAAGAUGUCUUCUCAUGCGGAGCUGAUACACGAGUAGUGAAGCCGAUAUCCAAACUGGACCUUCGAGCCGAUGUGCAGAAGGCACAUCUAACUUUGAAGGGCCUGCUUGAGAGUUUACUACUUUUACUUCGCGAACCAUGGGCUCGUAAUAUGAGAAGCAUGACAUCCAUGGUGCCUUCCAUGUUAUCUACUAUCGUCCGCCAGAGGAUGGUUGCGGUACGGUACUACCUGUCCAACGAAUUAGCCCCAGAGUCUGAGCUAGUUGAGACAUUGCUUGACUCCACGUUACCACUCAUCAUUGAUUUUGAGCGUGAAGGAAACAUACAAGGCCAGGCAGUCUUCUCCUGGAGCGGUCCAGCGGGAGCAAUGGGGAAUGUCGAGUGCCCUAGCAGCCCUAGCCGAGUCGACCUUUCAUUUAUGGACCGACUGGCAAAAGCAAGGGAUAAGCUUUGGAAAGACCUGCGUGCUCGCAAUACCCCAGAUAUCUCCACAUUAGAGCCCUGUUGGCCUCGAGGGCUUCCAAUCCAGCGUUUGGUUAUGGACUCAACAUGGCUGUACCAUGCCUUGGAGCGUCCUGAAGAAGCACCAUUUCUGUCGUCUAGGCUCAGCGAAAUCUUAUUCAGCCCACGGGAUAUCGUCGUCGCCGCGAAAACACAUCCGCUCGGGCCCAUUCCCAUGUUUGUGGAUGACUUGGGAUAUGCAAUUCGUGCCAUGGUUUCGCGCGAAGCAGACAAGACCAAGUCGGUCACACUUAUUUGGAAGCAUUAUUCCUCGAUCCUUCAGACACAGCUGUUGCACCUUGAGAUUUUCGAGGAUUGGCUCGUUGGUGUUCUUCGAGAUGGUUGUGCAGUUGAAGCAAUCAAUAUUGUGCGGCCUCCUUCAUCACCACGCAUAUCGUUGAUAUCGAAAGUUCCAAUGGUACCGGAGGUAACAAAAUGGAAUCCACACCAAGAUGCCGAGGAUAUGGAACUUGGUGUGCCCUUAGUGAAUGAGAAAAGGCCAAGAGAAAUACCUUGA